ACGCGUUGAUUUGGUUUGGGAGUUGGCAUAUAUUUGUGUUCUUUCAUCUACUUAUUGAACUUCAUAAUGUCUGGGCGUGGCAAGCAGGGAGGAAAAGCCCGUGCGAAAGCAAAAUCGCGUUCUUCUCGGGCUGGUCUGCAGUUCCCUGUCGGCCGAGUGCACCGACUUCUCCGCAAAGGCAACUAUGCAGAGCGGGUUGGGGCUGGGGCUCCAGUGUACCUGGCGGCGGUGCUGGAGUACCUGACGGCCGAGAUCCUGGAGCUGGCGGGCAACGCGGCCCGCGACAACAAGAAGACCCGCAUCAUCCCGCGCCAUCUGCAGCUGGCCAUCCGCAAUGACGAGGAGCUCAACAAGCUGCUGGGCCGAGUAACCAUUGCGCAGGGUGGUGUCUUACCCAAUAUUCAGGCCGUAUUACUGCCUAAGAAGACCGAGAGCCACCAUAAGGCUAAAGGCAAAUGAUUCCACAGGCUUCUGAGUUUCCGGAAAUGGCUUUAAGACCCAAAGGCUCUUUUCAGAGCCCCUCCACCACCUCUGAAAAGAGCUAGUACCACAUUUCGAAAGGGUAAAUUAGGUUUUGAACCAGGAUAGAGUAAUAUCAAAACCUCAGAUUAUCAAGAGACUUGGGAUGUUUUUAAAUUUUUUUUUUUUGGGGGGGGGUUGAGAGGCGAGUAAAGGCAGUUAAUAGGAAGCGGCAGAUAAGUUUAUAGUCGAUAUUUACAAAUACUUGUUUUGGCUAAAUGUAGAUGUGCCAAUUGAAAUAACAAAAAAAUACCUCAGAGGUUGGUUUCCUGACUUAGUAUGACGAACUCUUAAUUGCAGUUCAUUAAUACUUGAAAUUCGGCCCACUCUAGUUUUGACAAC